UACUGUUUCAAAAGGUUUUUUUAUUCAGUAUCAAAAGUGUUUACUUAUUAUUACCUUUCAACAUCUUGUCUCUAUCUUUUUUAGUCAUUGUUUGGUCGAAUAAUGUCGAAAUGUUCAAUCUGGUCCAUCAAAUGAUUCCUAAUCAAAUUGAAUUUGGUUAAAGUCAGCAACCAAAGGAAAUUGAUUUUACCGCGGCUCUUCUAUUUCUAUCUUGUGUAUCUCUUCUCUCUUUUUUUGUUUCUGGUUAAAGCAUUUGAGUGGAAUCAAAGUUGUGACCUUCUCUUUUUAUUCUUGGGUAAUUUAUCAAUUUUUAUUGUUAAUUUUUUGUAAAUUCAGUGAAUUUUUUAGUGACGACAUUAAUUUGGCUAUUUUUCUUCGUUCGGAUCUUCCUCUGGUGGUUUUCAUCAUUGGUUUGGGUUCUCACCAUUAGCUACCCUCAACGCGUUUACAUCAUAUCUCUAUCAUAUCUGUUUGGAAAUUUCAGGUUCAAGAAAAACAGUUGACUUCUUUAGCCCACUAUGACCACUAUAAAUAGCCCGGAAGAAUCUGUUAAUUCGGAUCAGGAAAAAAAAGAAGAAUCAAUUGAAAGUAGCCGUACCAGUAAUAAUAUUAGCAAUGAAAAUGAUAAUUCAACCAGCUCGGAAACAAAUAAAUCAACUAAUAGUGAUGAAUGUAAAUUAUCUGAAGAACCAACAGUGGAAACCUAUACUGACCAUACUGGUACUGACUUGAUGCAAUUUCUUACGGACACUCUGCAAAAUAACCCAAAAGAUAGGAUUCACCUGUUCAAAAUUGAGAAACAGCUAACUGACCUGGUCAAAGAUCCUAAACGAAAUCAGCAUAAAUUUGGACCUAUGUCUUCAUAUCAUCGGAUGUUAGUUCAUAGAGUAGCUGCGUUUUUUGGUAUGGACCAUAAUGUUAACAGUGUUGAUAACUCAGUGAUUGUUUCUAAAACACGAACAACCAGAUUACCUGAAUUUAAAUUUAGUGAACAGAUAAAGAAUACGACAGAACCUGAACCGAAUGAGUUAGUGAAAUCAAUAAUCAAAAGAGAUUCAUCUUCUUUGGAUAAAUUAUCUGAAAAAGGUUGUCUUAAAGACAAAUCUCCUGAUCGCCGAGGAAAUAAUACUCUGCCUUUGGUUGAAAGUCGACGAAGUAAGUCUCUAGAAGAGAGAGAGGAAGAAUACGAAAAGGUUCGAGCCCGGAUUUUCAAUCAAGACUCAACAUCUUCAACCGAAAAUCCUAGUGAUACUUGUGCCAAUACUUCAACCACUGAUGAUUCGGUGGCAACCUCUAGCAGUGGUAUCGUAGUAUCAACUAGUGCAACUAAUUCUAGUCCCAGUUGUAGUCACGAGGAUCUCAAGCCAGGAAGUAACUGGCCAUCAAUUGAUUCAAGACUUUGGAGUAGUACUGAGUCAGAAGGCUCAAAUAGGCCUAGAUACUUGCGUCUUCAAAGACAAAAAAGAUUACCAGAUAGUUUUGAUUCUGAUUCAGCUAGAACCUCUUUUACGACAUCAUCAUCGAUGUCUUCGGCUAGUGGAAUGUUUUUAACACCAGAUAGCUGUUUAGUAGAUCAACAAAUUGGUGAUUUCUCAUCGAAUAAUAGGCAGACGUUUACCAAAGCCAGCAGCUUUGGUGGCAUCUCUGUUCUUAGUCGUGAUAACACUUCUGGUCCUGCCUCUGAGCCAAGGCUUACUAAAACGGCUUCUUUAAACACCCCAACUUUUAGUGAUAGUUUACCUAGAUCGUCCAAUCAUGAGUCUUUAACUGUCUUUCCUCAAUCAAAUGGAUCUCAACAGUUGCAUUUGUGGCCUAAAAAGCAAUCAAAACCAAGUGGGAACUAUUUCCAGCACGGGAACAAUCAAGGAACAGUUAAUCAUGGAGGUCAAGAUUCAGGGAAUAGAACUCAAAUAAAGUCUUACCACUCUGGAAAGAAACAAGAUGAUAUUAAAUCACCAAUUGACCCGUCUUCUGAAACAAUCAGAAAUGCCGUACCAUUUGAUCAACCCAGUCCCUUGCCUGUUAAAACUACUUCCAGUAGUUACGGGCGCAGUGCCUCAGAAGGCAGCUCAAAUAAACAAUGGAUGUCAAAUCAACAUGUACAAUCUCAUCAACCCUUACCUAAAGGGCAAUCAAAAUACGAGUCACACCAUGGUAAUUCUAAUGUUUCCAGAAACCAAUCUAAUUCUUCUGAUCGGCCAAAAAAUUUCAAUUCAAAAGACUCUGGAAAAACUUUGAUUGGACCUCAAAUAGUUAUCAAUUCAGUUGGCGGCUGCAUGUCUCAGCUACCUAGCCACAAAUCAACGGUUUUAGCUCCUGAUAUAACACCAGCUCAGCCUUAUUAUCAUCUACCAUUCAUACAAAAAACACCGUCAGUAGUUGUUGAUCCGCCGAAUAUGAGUCACGAUGAAAUAAACAAAAACCAAUCAUUAAGCAAACCUAAGUAUUUACCCAAUCAAAUGGCUGGUUUAUCAAUUAAUAGUCAAUCUCGUGUACGAUCCUCAAAUGAUCAUUAUCAUGGAUCAAGCUCUGGGCGAAAUGGACAUAGCUCCGGUCGCUAUGGUAAUAUACAAUCAGGAGAUUUAGGAAUCGUAACUAGUGAUGUUAAUUAUCGCACAACUGGGUAUGCUUUGACUCCAAUUCCGGCUAACCUUCAUUCUCAAAAAUCUGUUCUUCCGGUGAACGUAUCCAAUACUACUGCUCAGAUUCCACUGUGUUACAUUCAUCCGUCAUUACAAGCACCUCAGCCUUCUCUGAGCCAUCAUAAUAGCAGAUUCGCCAAUCCAGGUAAUCAAACUGGUUCCCUCAGGAUUGAUGCAUCGCAAGGUUACACAUCUGAAAGGUAUAUGACUACUUUGUCAAGUGGUAAUAGUACUGCUGUUAACUCUCAGAAUCAACAAAUAGGCCGUCCACCAGAUACAUACUCGGCAAAUGUUGCUCCUGACAUGGAUAUAGUGUGUCAGUCUAGACAACAGCCUCAAAACAAAUCAAAUUUGAUACUUUUAGGCUCUCAAUUACCUGUCAAUACUUCAAAUUAUAACUCGUAUCAGCCUAUUCCCAUGCAACAAUCUCCAAUUCGGGUUGUUCCACAAGUACAAUCUUUGGUAUCUUCUUAUCAAAACCAGCCUCAAACCAAUCGCAUGCCAAAUGUGCCCUUCAAUUCGAUUAGUAACGUCUCUGCCUCAGUACCAUCAUCAGGACCUGCCACAGUGGCUUCAUCUUCAAAUGGCACUGGUCAACCAAUAUCAGCACCUCCACAAUCAGUUGUUUGCAAUAAUGGAAUGAUGAAUCCUUCUCAAACUUUCCCUUAUGCAAUCAAUCACGUUUCGCUACCUUCUGCGCCUAAUAAUAGUGGUCAAUUGGCAACUGCUAAUUUGACAUAUGCACCUUCAAUGCAAGUGCCCCCAAAUGUACCAAUGUAUGUCAACACUAAUGGAGGUGCUUUCGCAUCCAACCAAAUAACUGGAACUCGUCCUAUGCCACCGCCUCCUCAAGCUCAGAUGAUCCCAUCUCCUUAUUCACCUCAAAAUCCUGUUUAUCGUCCAAUUCCUUUGUUUUUUGUUUUCAAUUUUCAAAACAAACGAAGCAAUUGAUGACAACUAACGCUAGGUUUAUUAAUUGGAAACAUGAAUUUUAGAAAAAACGACAGUCUUGAAAGAAAAAGAACGUUGAAGUUCUUGUUGCGAGAAUAACUUUUGAAAGCUGAAUGUAAGAUGAAUUAAUUAGUAGUGUAUAUGUAAUACAUCUAUUGUUUUGAUAAAUGAAAAAGAGGGACGAAAAGAUGAAAAAUAUUUAUUGUUUCUUUUCAAAAUUUCCUCCUCAAUCUUUUUCCAUGUUUUUUGGCUGUUGAUUGGUUUUUGUAUCUUAAGAAGGGCAAACGAGAUAAACAAUUGAUGAAGAAAAUUCAUUUGGAUUGAGAAUCGAUUUCUCGUCAUUUCUCCUCUCCUUUUCUCUCUUUCUUCUACUCACUGAUUUUUCUCGUUUACUGUAAUUCUGAAUUUUUUUUCUCUCCCUGACGCUGCCCAAACUAGAGAAACUAGUAACCAUCCAAUCAUACUUGUCAUUUACUCGUCUGUUUCAUUUGCCAUACCAGCAAAUUUCCCAUCUAAAAAAUACUAGAGAAUAAUGAUCUGUUGAUUGUAAUGCUGCAAUUUAUUGGUUAAUUACUAAAUUAUAAACACUUUGUUAAUUUAA